UUGGGUCAGCAAAGAUGUCCGCGCUCGUUUGAAAACCUGCAGUAGCCAAAUCCACAGAUGGCACAUGACACGACUUGUUUUUUUUACAUGUUGACGACCGGUGUCCCUCAAGACCUGUGCUAGAGGAGAGACAGGGACUCCGCGACAAGAGCCAGAAUAUUCCAUACUAUCAGAAAUAAUGCUGAUAUCUGGAACUCAUGUCGGAAGUCGUGUAUGAAGAGACAGCCACGAUGAUCGCAGCAGGGGAAUUGCAGUCGUUUGUCCCGUUCGGCCGCCAGCACUGCAGGAACCAUCCCAACGCCUUCAACCUGCAGCUCAGGGAGCUCCAGCCCGCCUCCGAGCUCUGGUCCUCCGACGGGGCCGCCGGCCUGGUGGGGUCGCUGCAGGAAGUCAGUCUGCAGGAGAGAGAGAGGGAAUGCUGGCGGCUGAGGAAGGGCUGCAAGGGAGUCCGCGAGGAGGAGGUGGAGUUUGAGGAGGAGCUGUACGCUGCAGGAACCGUGGUGGUCUGGAGCCAGGGCAGCCGGACCGGAGCCUCCACCGUGUACAAGGCCUUCACCGUGGACGGGCCGGUGCAGCAGGCCUUGUGGUGUAACUUUGCUGUUCCUCAGGACAAGAAAGACGAAGAGGAGGUUGAGCAGACAGUGUGCAUCAUCCAGAGCAGCUGCAUCAACGUCCACACUGUGACCGGCAAGGACUUCAUCGCCCCGCUACCCUUCCAGGUCUCUAAUGUCUGGGCCACAAAGUUCGGACUUUUGUUGGAACGAAAGAACACAGACGCUCAACUCGGGCCCCCCGGGGAGUCUCUUCCCACAGUGUUCAGCAUGCUGCAUCCUCUGGACGAGAUCGCACCUGUUGUGUGUAAACUUGCAGGUCUCUUUGAAGGCUCCCGUGUGCAGUACGCCUCGGACGCCACCAUGAAGAUGGUGUUCAGCUGCUCUCAGCCCUCCGUGGUGGUCUCCUACGACACGGUGCAGGGGACACACUCGGUCUGGGCCCUACGCAGAGUCACUCAGGACGAGCGCUCUACGGUCCUGCGCUGCUCGACGGACCCCGUCGGGACGCCGUUGGGUCUGAUGGCGCCUGGCUUGCUGCCCUCCCACCUCCGGAACAUCUCCCGCCUGGACUCCCCCGGAGGGGGCGGGACGGGGGCGAGUUGUCCCGGUGGCGCCGGCUCUCCUCUCCACUACAACGCUCUGCACGGCCACCAGAGCCGGGUCGUGACCUCGUCUCCUGGGUUUCACUCCCGCCUGCACUCCCCAAGUAUAUCCAACAUGGCCGCCCUCAGCCGGGCUCACUCCCCCGGCAUGGCGGCGCCUUCGUUCUCCGGAGCGUCUCGCUUCAACACAUCUCUGCAGAGCCCUGCCCCACGGCUCCACCACGGCCUCCUGCCCUCCCCCAACAGCACCAUCAACGACACCGUGCUGGCUCCGGAGGCGGAGCCUAUCGUGCCCGACCUCUGCAUGGAGCAGCUGUGGAGCGAGGCGGCCGGCGGUCACAGGGAGAUGAGCAGCCAGGCUUCAAAGGUGUUUCUGACCUCUGACCUCUGUGAGAACCACUACCUGUGCUUCCUGGUGGAGUCCCACCAGCAGCUCAGAUGUGUGAAGUUCAUAGAGAGCAACAACACGUCUCAGCUCAUCUUCACCUCCGUCACAACCGUCUCUGCCAAAGACGCCGAGCCUCUGGAGAGCAUCGGCGCCAUGCUGGUUCUGGAGGCCUGUGGCAGCCUGGUCCUCUACACAGGAGUCACCCGGGUCAGCAAGGUGUUCGUCCCCGGCCUCCUGUCGCCCAGCUUCAACCUGACCAGCCACCUGCCCCUCCGCAGCACGCCGGCGGAGAAGGUUAGCACGCCGGCCAACGCGGGCAGCAGGCACCUCCAGAGGCUGGACGAGGCGGUGAUGCCGUCCCCGGUGACGGAGGCGAGAGGUCUGAACAUCAAGCAGCAGCAGGAGGGCUCCUUCCUGGAGGACUUCACCUUCCAGCAGGCCACGCCCUCCAUCCACGCCCUGAGGGACCCCGUCUGCAGCAGACUCACCCUGGAACUAAGCAGUGGAUCAAUGCUGAGGAUCUCCAUCCCAGAGAUCGCUACAUCAGAACUGGUGAGGAAAUGUCUGCAGGCGAUCCGCUUCAUCCUCCCCAAGGAAGCCGCCAUGAAGGUUCUGGUGAAGUGGUACAACAUCUACAACGCCCCCGGAGGCCCCUCCCCCCACGCCGAGUGGAACCUGUUUGUCACCUGCUUCAUGACGCUGAUGGGCUACAACACGGAGAGGCUGCCCUGGACACGGAACCUGCAUUUCGAAGUACCUCUUUCUCCGGUUAUCGCCGCUAAGAAGGCUCGCCCCUCCGACGGGGGCACGGAAGAGGACCUGGACUACUUGUUGGGGUCUCAUUACCACCGACAGAUGAACCCUCAGUCCCUCUGCCCCGACAACCCCGUCACCACGGAGACCAUGAGUCCCUCCUCUGACCCCCGCCCUGCGUCCCUGAAGAUGGACAUGGCGGCCCCCCUCUUCCCUCACGUCCCCGCUCUGUUCUACGUGCUGCACCUCGUCUACGAGGAGCUUCAGCUGGACGAGCUGCAGAGAGCCAGAGCGUCUUCACUGGUGUGUCUGCUGCAGCAGCUGGCCAGAGACCUCCAGCUGGACCAGUACGUGGACCUGUACUGGAGAGACUACCCCUCCUUGAUCAGCGGCUUCCCCGAGACCAGCAUCAUGGACCCGGCUGUGAUUGGUCAGAUGCAGCGGCCGGCCUUCCUGAGGGCGGAGCCUCCGUGUGUGCUCAGCUGGCUGAGUGGCUGCCUGAGGGGGGAGGAGAGCCCCCCCUUCCCCUGCCUGCCCGACAUCUGCCAGCGGACCCGGCUGCUGGUUCUGAGUUACGCCCUCUACAUCCGAGGAGAUGAAAACGCUUCUUCUACACAAGUGUCAAAGUACCUGACCAAGCUCUCUGCAGGUCAGAAGUACUGUACCAGUGAACCUCACCAAAGAAGCAGGUGCAGUGGCGAGCAGGAGAGCUCUUCCAGGGAGAGUCUGGCUGAGCAGCUGGUGGUCUGGCUCACCUCAGAAGGGUUCACGCUGAAGGACUUGGACUCGGUGCCCUUCGGCGUGGCCCUUCCCAUCAGAGAGGCCAUCUACCGCUGCCGCGAGCAGCCCUGCUCCGAUUGGUCGGAGGAGGUGUGUCUGCUGAUUGGUCGACAGGAUCUGACCAAACAAGCCCACAAGAUGACGCUGGCCAAGACCAGAGCUUCGGUUGGCUCAGGUCUGUCUCUGGAGCCUCCUGCGGCCUCUGAGGCAGACGAGGAGGAAGACGGGAUGUCGGACAUCAUUCAGGAGGUCACGGGGCUGAUCUGGAGUCAGGAUCUGAGGGUCCAGGAGGUGAGGAGGCUCCUGCAGAGUUCCAGGCCGGUCCGUGUCAGUGUGGUCCAGCUCCCGGAGGUCUCUGACCACGAGUACAUCGAGGAGAAGGAGAACAAGCUGCUGCAGCUGUGUCAGAGGACCAUGUCCCUGCCGGUGGGCCGAGGCCUCUUCACCCUCUUCUCCUACCAGCCGGUCCCCACCGAGCCGCUGCCCGUCCCCAAACUCAACCUGACAGGCCGCGCCCCCCCGAGGAACACCACGGUGGACCUGAACAGUGGAAACAUCGACGUCCCCCCCAACAUGACCAGCUGGCCCAGCUUCCACAACGGCGUCGCUGCUGGCCUCAAGAUCGCGCCGGCCUCUCAGGUGGACUCGGCCUGGAUCGCCUACAACAAGCCAAAGAGCCCCGAGCUCGCCAACGAGUACGCCGGGUUCCUGAUGGCGCUCGGCCUCAACGGACACCUGACCAAGCUCGCCACGCUCAACAUCCACGACUACCUCACCAAGGGCCACGAGAUGACCAGCAUCGGCCUCCUGCUGGGCGUGUCCUCGGCCAAACUGGGCACCAUGGACAUGUCCAUCACGCGCCUCCUCAGCAUCCACAUCCCAGCCCUCCUCCCCCCCACCUCCACCGAGCUGGACGUCCCGCACAACGUGCAGGUUGCGGCUGUGAUCGGCGUUGGGCUCGUGUACCAAGGAACGGGACACCGACACAACGCUGAGGUGCUGCUGUCUGAGAUAGGUCGUCCUCCUGGUCCAGAGAUGGAGUACUGCACCGACAGGGAGUCCUACUCUCUGGCUGCUGGCCUGGCUCUGGGGAUGGUCUGUCUGGGGCACGGCAGUAACCUGAUCGGGAUGACGGACCUGAACGUCCCGGAGCAGCUGUAUCAGUACAUGGUGGGGGGGCACCGCAGAGCUCAGGCGGGGGCCAGCAGGGAGAGACACAAGUCCCCCAGCUACCAGAUCAAGGAGGGGGACACCAUCAACGUGGACGUGACGUGUCCUGGAGCCACCCUCGCGCUCGCCAUGAUCUACCUGAAGACCAACAACAGGUCCAUCGCUGAUUGGCUGAAACCUCCAGACACCUGGUUCCUGCUGGACUUCAUCAAGCCGGAGUUUCUGCUGCUCAGGACUCUCGCUCGCUGUAUCAUCAUGUGGGAUGAAAUCCUCCCGAACACCGAGUGGGUCAAAAGCAACAUACCCCAGAUCAUGAGAGGGACCUUUGACCCUUCAGAAGACAUCAACAUGGAGACGAUGGCACAAGCCCAGGACUACAUCACCGCCGGCGCCUGCAUGGCGUUGGGUUUACGCUUCGCCGGCUCCGCCAACUCGGACGCCUUUGACUGCCUGUACGAGUUGGCCAGGACCUUCAUGAAGAUCAUGUCCUUCGCCGGCACGGCGGCCGCCCAGACGGGGUACUACAACCUGCAGACGGGCCUCUCCAUGGUGCUGCUGGCCAUCGCCAUGGUGAUGUCCGGCACCGGCAACCUCAAGGUGCUGCAGCUCUGCAGGUUCUUCCACCGCAGGACGGGAGGCGAGAUGAACUACGGCUUCCACAUGGCCCACCACAUGGCCCUGGGGCUGCUGUUCCUGGGGGGGGGCGGAUACACACUCAGCACGUCGGACUCUGCUAUCGCCGCCCUGCUGUGCGCCCUCUACCCACACUUCCCGGCCCACAGCACCGACAACCGCUACCACCUGCAGGCCCUGCGGCACCUGGCCGUCCUGGCUGCAGAGCCCCGCCUGCUGGUCCCCGUGGACGUGGACUCCCUGAAGCCCUGCUACGCCCUGCUGGAGGUCACCUACCAGGAGACUAAGUGGUACAAAGAGACGACGGUGGAGCUGAUGGCUCCCACCAUGCUGCCCGAGCUGCACCUCCUCAAACGGGUGAAAGUGAAGGGUCCGAGGUACUGGGAGCUGUGUGUGGACCUGAGCAGAGAAACACAGCAUCUUCAGUCCAUCCUCUCCAGAGACGGGGUUCUGUACGUGAAGCUGAGGGCCGGCCAGCUACCCUACAAGGACGACCCUCAGGGCUGGAAGAGCCUGCUGGCCUCCUCCGUCAACCAACGGGCCUCCGGAGUCAGAGCCUUCAAGCCUGAAGCCAUCUCCACCUUCACCUCAGAACCCGCCCUGGUCUCCUUUGCUGAGUUCUUCUGCAAAACAUCAGAAGAACUUCAACAGAGAGACGACACCCUGGUGCUCUUCUCCGCGAUGCUGUAUGAAUGUGUGACGCAGGAAUGUCCCGAGAUGCUUCCCACCUACAUCGCCAUCGAGCAGGCGGUGGGCGCGCUGCGUCGGGGGGGCGCCCCCCCGCAGACCUUCCCCCUGUGGCAGAUGCGCCUGGUGGUGGAGCUGUGGGACGGGCGGGUUCGGCGCGGCGCGGCCACCCACCACGACGCGCUGAUGACCUCCGAGUUCCUGCCCGUCAUGAAGAACAUGGUGGACGUUGCGCUGGACCGCUGGCUCACAGACAACAGCUCCGUGCUGAGGUCCUACAUGAGGGGCGAGGGCCUCCCCAUGGCCGCCCGGUCCGUCAUGCUGGCCAGCUUCCUGGUCUACCGCUCCAUCCCAAGUCUGACAAACACACACACAACGCUGGAGGGCUGCAGCUCCCUGGGGGACUUGUUGUGCCGUAGCGCCCGGUUGCGGAUCCCGCUCAGGGACCUGCUGAGGCUGGUUCCGGUCCUGCUGGGCUCGACCUCUGGAACUCAUGGUGUGCCGGGCCUCCCUCUGCAGGCCUUCUGAUCCACGAGGGAGGGUCUCAGGGGGCCUCCUCACGCCUCCAGAGGUUCUGUCUGCACCUUCCAAACAGCUCCUCAGCCUCGGAUUACUAACGUUAUACUUUUUUUAUACGUUUUUUGACUUUUCGGGAAGGUCUCAUGUUGAGAGGACAUUAAAAGGGAGAAGGAGCCGUACUCAUCAAUACUGUGUUUUAUUUUCAUCGAAGUACACAAUACACACUACACGUAUACUGUUAAUCUGACUGAUGUCAGUCUGAUGUAUAACGUCGGUCAGAUGUAAAUCUAAUCAGAGUCUUUCUGGUGGUUGAUGUGACCUCACAUCUCCCACCUCCUCGGAGCAAAUUGUUACGAAGGCUGAAUGUUGACAAACCGAUCGCAGAAAUGUUGAUUAAAGAAGUAACUUCUCGUCAGAAAAAGUCCUAAAAUUACAUUUCAUGACUUCAAUGUAGUAGUAUUUUUAAACUUUAAAGCCUAUAAGGAAGGACGUGGCUUUGGUGCUUUUUGCUUCCGUCUUCCGGUGUAACUGAGACGCUUCAGUGAGCCAGUGAGAUUCCAUGUUUACACACCAUGAUUAUAUGAUUCAAUCCAUUUUAUUUUCUGGCAUAAAUCUCAAAUUGGCCUCAGAGGGCUCUACAGUCAUGUGACACCCUCUGUCCAUAAACCCUUUGAUGUGGAGAAUAAAGGGAAGAAACCUUUAGUAUUACACAGUUAUACACAGAUGAUCUCCUAUGCGUUCUUCAUCAUCAUCAUCCUCAUCAUCUCCAGCUCGUCUUCCUCUAAGUUAAUACAUUUAUGCCUUUUAACAGUAGAUAUUCAAAUGAAUUAUAUUUGGUGCAUAUGAAAGUGAACUCUUCCAAGUCGCCACCCUGAAUAAAUGAAAUCCUCUUUGGCCCGCACUGCAUGCUGGGAAAUGCUGGGCCUCCGAGGAUCAGACGAAGGAGCCGUCGGAGCCGAUGAAUGAGUGAGUGAGUCUGUACAGAAUUGAUUGAUUAUCCAAGGCUGUCGUUAUCGACAUCACAUGAAACGUGUUGAAUCAGCCCCUAAAGGACCAAACUGAAGAACCUGCACAAUACAACAAAGACCGGGUUUGGUUCCAGACUGAGAACUUUUCAAAUCAGUUCUAAUCCAGUUUAGGCUUAAGGUUUAUUAAAAGGCAGGAGUCAUAAAUAACUGCUGCUCAGAAUGAGAGUAUCAACAUGACUGCUUCAUUGAAGCUGAAAUAUUCCCCAUUCAACAGGUUUCAGGGAGACAAAAUAGAUCCACUUAGUUCAUUUAUAAAACCAGCUUUAAUUCCCCUAUUUGUUGCACAGUUGGUUUGAACCUUUAUGAAGUGAUUUAGUUGACGUUGUCGGCUGUUUGCUUCGCUGCUUUGUGAGAAGCUGCAGUUUGUCAUGAAGGUAAAGAAUGGAACAGUGAAUAAAACCACUCGGUCACUGUG